GAGAGAGAUACGGGACACUCGCGCAGCGCGCUAGCUGGCAGCGGUGGCAGCCGAUGUGUGGAGAGUUGGUUAUAGCAGACGAACGCUCGCACCGCUCCAACAGUCGCUGACGGACAGCUCGCUAGAAACCCGCACGGCAGCAGCAUCGCAUCGCAUCGCAAAGCAAUACAUAACGACGGACUCACUUUCUUCCUCGUUGCCUCGCCAUCCAUCUGUGUGUGUUACUGUGAAAGCAGCCGAGAGGAGAAUAUCAACGUAGAGCGAGAGGAAGGCCGUAAGAAAAGGGAGAAGUAACGAGUGAAAGAGAGGGGGAAGUGAAGAGUGAAAGAGAGGGAGAAGUAAAGAGUGAAAGAAAGAGAGAAUCGUGCGCGAAGGGAGAAUGUGACAUCCCGACCAUGUGAGGGAGAAAGAGAGAUAGACAGAUAGACAGAGAGAACGAACGAACGAAAAAAAGAAAGAUCGACGGAAAGAGAGUGGGAGAUCAGCAGCGAACGUCUGUGACGUUGACGAUAUCGUCAGUGGCGUCGUAGCCGUUUGGAUAUAUAUAUAUAUGCGUACGUAUAUAUCGGUGGCGCAUCGUGACAUCAUGCCGACACCUCGAACCAUCGUCAUCGUCGUCGUCGUCAUGCUGGUGUCGCUGCAGCCGGCAGUCGGUUACACCGGCACGUGGUGGAACCUCGGCUACCAAGGCUUCGACAUCCUCAAGAACCCACAAUUCUACCUCGUCGGCGCUCAGCCUGCCUGCAGCACGCUCUCCGGUCUCUCUCCCGGACAGACGAAACUCUGCCUCCUCUACCAGGACCACAUGAAGUCCGUCGGUAGGGGCGCUCGCAUCGGCAUACAGGAGUGCCAGCAUCAGUUUCGCUAUCGGAGAUGGAAUUGCAGUACGGUCGCCGACCCGACUGUGUUCGGGCCCGUGAUGGACAUAC